UGGUCUUUUUUUUUUCCUCCAGUUUUUACUUGUUUCAUUUUCCACCCGAGGAGGGGGAGCCGGGGCUUUUACGCGCCGGAAUGAUGCGUCCCAACCGCGGCUUCAUCCUGCUCCUCCUCAACGGAACCGCUUGUUUGGUGGUGCUGGGUCAGGAAGACGACUCGUCCAGCCCGAAGAGCUCCUCGGACGACUCCUCCAAGACGGUGGGCCUCCUGGGCGGCCAGGCCCCGCUGUCGCCCCUGAGCCGCUGGAUGCUGCACAGCAAGAGCAGAGCCGCCAACUCCACCGCCCUGGAGCUGCCGUACCGCUCGCCCGUCCCCUUCUCCAAGCAGGAGUUUUCUAAGCAGGAAUUCUGGGAGAUGCUGGGCAGCGACCUGCUGAAGCCCGACUCCUCCAGCUCCAGGGUCAAACGCCGGCCCAUCGUCAAAACCGGCAAGUUCAAGAAGAUGUUCGGCUGGGGAGACUUCUAUUCUAAUAUCAAAACGGUGCGGCUCAACCUGCUGAUCACCGGCAAGAUCGUGGAUCACGGCAACGGCACGUUCAGCGUCUACUUCCGCCACAACUCCACGGGCCAGGGGAACAUCUCGGUCAGCCUGGUGCCGCCGGUCAAAGCGGUGGAGUUUGAUCUGGAGCGCCAGAGCGUGGUCUACCCCAAGGACUCAAAGAUCUUCAACUGCCGCGUGGACUAUGAGAAGGUGGACCGCAGCAAGCGCACCUCGCUGUGCAACUACGACCCGUCCAAGACCUGCUUCCAGGAGCAGAUCCAGAGCCACGUGUCCUGGAUUUGCUCCAAACCUUUCAAGGUCAUCUGCAUCUACAUCUCCUUCUACAGUACGGACUACCGCCUGGUGCAGAAGGUCUGCCCGGACUACAACUAUCACAACGAGAUGCCCUACCUGCCCUCGGGCUAGAGGACCGGCGGAGCAGGGUGGACGAGAGGCCGGAGGAGAGAGGACAGGGGAGCUGAGUGGGAGUGACUGCAGUACCUAAAGAGGAGAGCACACACCUUCAAAAAAAUAGAAAUGAAGACAAGCCCUCUCUGUAGCCUGACUAUUGUAAGAUAUAUAAACAUAUAUGCAAAGCUACAAAAACCACAGUAUGCAGAGAACGAGGCGUUUGGGAAUGCUCGCCUGCAGCGUCCGUCCACUGGACCGGUGGUGAAAGUCAAACGGCGCCAACGACGCACAUUCUUACCUCAGUCCGGUUUCUAAAUGCCAACCUGUCGCCAGCCGCUGUUCUCCUCCAUCAAGUCACUCAUUAGUGUUGUGUCCUUUAAUCGCCCUUCACCAAACUGCUCUUCUGCAGGAAAAAAAAAAUGUGCAUUUCAAGUGCUUCUGGCCUCAGUACGGCGUUUAACAGCACACGCUGUGGAAAACAAUCGUGGGUUUAAGCACGCCACACGGAACAAAGAGCGGACGAAUGUAAAGUGCAGCCGAGCGUCCGAUCACACAGGUUACACUCAACCUUUCUAAAGGGCAUUUUCUACCACCCGACCUCCCAUGUAGCCAUCCCGCCACGUUCUUGGAGUGUUUACAGGCCAAAUGUAAUCACAGUAUACCCUUCAGACAGGCCGCCUCCAUUACAGUCAAAGGGAAGAAAAAACAUCUUCAAAGAAAAAGAAAUUGACCGACAAAGAUUCAGGGCCAGGGCUUAAGACAAGUUCAGUGUGAGGAAAAUAACUAGAUUGAGCAUGGAGAUAGAGUUUUCCCCCCCACACACCCACACACACACACACACACACACACACACACACACACACACACACUUUAGAGCGAGCGCAAGGUGGGGGAGACAGAGAGAUUCUGAGCUCUCUUUUAAUUAAAGUGGAGAAGGAGACGCAGAGUAUGCAGCGCCUUCUAUUGUCCCCUCUGCAUGAAAAAGAUUACAUUUUGUUGCCGUCAGGAUUCCUGAUUUCACGCCUUGAUAACUUUGACUGUGCGAGGGAGAGAUUGCUCUCUCCCGACAAAUACUGUGUUCACUAAAGUCGGCCUGUUAUCUUGAAUAAAUGAAAAUAUUAUCAUAAUAAUUACAUAUAAUUUAAUCUCCUUUAGAGCUAAUUAAGGUUUCAACGAGAGGGCAGGACGUAUUCCUAAAAAUCAAGUCGGUGAGUGAGAAGAUAAGAAGACGAUCGCCGGGACGGCGGCGAUGGCGAGCGGAGCCGGCAGCCAAAGCUCGGCCCGGAGUUAACUGCUCUCAUUAAGAUAAAUGGCCGCUGGCUGGCCCAUCUCAUGUUGCUCUGGCAAACAAUAUCAAUGGAGGGCAGCG